CGUGGGAUUUCCCCCCCUUCAAAUUUCUCAACACUGGCUUUGGGGAUGGAUAUUCAUCCGUGGAAAUCAAAGUGCCACAAUCGAGAUCCGAUUCGGGAAGUAUCUGGGGUAUCUACGGAGUAGAAUCCCGUAUAUCUGAUUGUUCAACCGAUGAAGGUCAACGGUCAUCGGCAAACCGUGAUAUGUGCUAUUCCACCAGCGUUAUCUUGAUCGUUUAUCAGUCGCAGUCGCACUGCAUCACGCCAACUGCAGAGUAUACAUCGACAUAUUGCAAGACUGCGGAUCACAAUUCUAGAAACACUGGCCCAUCAGCCGAAUUACCUUAUACUCUACAUAUCCGACCAUACUAGAUCUAGACAAUGACAAUAUCCCAUCGCUACAAUAGCACGUACAUCGGACUGAUGCACCUCAUCCCUGUAUCCGAGACAGACAAGGAAGAAGAAAUAUGUGCUAGCCGUGCCGCAAGAAAGCUUGUAUAGCGGUGGCCGUUGAACUGCGGAGCGCACCAACCAUCGGAUAUGGCAUGUCACACAACCACCGACUGUAGUCCGCAGAUGAGGUGCAGCAACCUCACCACAAUGCAGCAUAAACCCUCAUAUAAGCUACCAACUAGCUCCGAUCACUUGCAAGCUUGUUUCCCGCUGCCGCUUAUAACAUCACCCAGCAGCACCACUCUACAGCAUCAUGGAACAGCCCAUCGGCUACGGCGCCCAGCAGUGCCGUAUAUCCGUGUCCGAUGCCCCACGGGGAUCAGCCAGACAGCAUCCGAUGGAGUCUGAGGUCACUGUCGCCCUGGUACCGACGUGCCUCACCAACAUCCGACUCUCCGCCG